AUCAGCCUCCGCAAAAACUAGGUUAGUCUGUACGCGGGAUUUUAAUUUUUUCGCAACGGUGACUAUGAUUUUUAAGAUUACUGUGCCACUUCUCUUGAUAGCGACUACAGAAGUUAGAUGUGGUGUUCUGACAGCUCAGCACCACCAUGAAGUUCAUCAGCCGAUAGAUCAUAUUCAACAUCAGUUGGUAGAUCACAUUGCACAUAGCUCCAAGGAGGUGGAUUACUACUCCGCCAAAGUACGCAUUCAAAUACGGCGUGCACGAUCCUCAUACUGGUGAUGUGAAGCAGCAGUCUGAAGCAAGAGAUGGUGACGUGGUCAAAGGACAAUAUUCCUUAGUGGAACCUGAUGGUAGUAUCAGGGUAGUGGACUAUGUUGCCGAUUCAGUCAACGGGUUCAACGCAGUGGUGUCAAAGAGUGCACCAAGUGUGCACCAUACGGUAAGUGUCCAUCUUGAAG